GAAUCCCCAGAAAGCAGGGUGAUUCCCAACCAUGGGCUUCACAAACGCUUGGUCGCUACCGAGAGUAGGACUCUGUCAGGCUUCUUUCCAAAUCUCUGUUUCAAAUGUCAUUUCUGGCCACCAAUUUUAGAGUUAAGAUGACAUUGCUGUGCCGGGUGGAUGCGAUCUACUACUCCGACUAUUCGGACACGGAGCUUGUCUAGGCUUCUCCGUACCAGCCACACUACCGGAGGGGGAGGGCGACUAGGUUUAGAAGUGUUGCACGACCUCAGCUGGUACGGAGAAGUUUCAGGCAGUAGUCUAGCUAAGUAUAAAAUUAGAAGUCUAUCGGCAGCUAUUCCAGGAGCACUAGUGCUCAAAGAAAAAUUCCCGUCGUCGGAGCGCGUUCGAGCCACCAUGGAUUCCAUUAUUGCUGCUCCAAUGAUUAAGUCAUUUCUGGCAGGAUCGUUCAGCGGAACAUGCUCCACAAUUCUCUUCCAACCGCUGGACUUGGUAAAGACACGGCUGCAGAGCCCCCUGGCCAUCGGGUCCAAGAGCCAUGCUGGCAUGCUUAAGACCCUGGUCACUGUCAUCCGCAAUGAGAAAGUGGCUGGCCUAUGGAAGGGGGUCACCCCGUCUAUCUGGCGCUGUGUGCCAGGAGUGGGGAUGUACUUCUGCACCCUGCACGAACUCAAGGCAUUCUUCUUUAGCGAGACCGACCCUACUGCGGCCCAGUCUCUGCUUCUGGGCGCCACAGCGCGCUCGAUUGUCGGUGUCUCGAUGUUACCCGUCACUGUAGUGAAAGUUAGAUACGAGUGUGGGAUGUUCCAGUACCGCGGUGUUGCGGCCGCUCUGAAGGAACUGUACCGCCACGAGGGGAGGAAGGGACUGUACAGCGGGCUGAGCGCCACACUGCUGAGGGACGUGCCGUUCUCAGGGAUUUACUUCAUGUGCUACUCAGAGCUCAAGAAACGCAUACCCAGUGAUCAACUGGACUCCAGCUUUGUUCCCGUCCUCCACUUCACGUGCGGCAUCGUCGCGGGGGCGAUGGCCUCGGCCGUCACGCAGCCUGCCGACGUCAUCAAGACUCAGAUGCAGAUCCACCCCUACAAACACAAGUGGAUGGGGUCGGCUGCCAUCACGGUGUACGAGAUCGAUGGGCUGAAAGGCUUCUUCAGAGGCAUCGUUCCACGAACGGUUCGCCGCACGCUGAUGGCCGCCAUGGCGUGGACGGUCUACGAACAAAUCAUGAAGACGCUGGGGCUGAAGUAGUCCUCUUCAAGUUCAAGUUCUUACAACGUCACACCAUUUACUCGAAGGAGCCGAACUUGCUACCAAAAGGAACCUGGUUUAGAAAAUCCCUAUUAGUGAAAGCAACGUCUUCAGAAAAGCACAGAAUGUUCAUUCGUCACAGUUUCUGAAAUCGUCCAGUGUUCACCAGGAUUUGUGUACAUAAUACAGUGAAGAUGAGAGCCACGGAGGGGCGAUCUGAGAUAUAAAGGAGAAUCCAGGAGUUGUUCAGGAGAGAAGUGAACGCGAAACUUCCAAACUUGACAGACUGUCGUACUGCAGCAAAGUGCAGGAGAGGAGGAGUCCUGUUCACGAGCGAUCCUGCCGGAAAGGAAAGGAAAUCUACAAUGUGCCCAUACGGGAAAACCUUAGAUCCAGGCAAACAGUGCAAUGAGAUAACGCACGCGGGGGGCAUCCUGAGUGCAGACAUGAAGCCAGUUUGGUUCACCUUUGGUCUGUGGGAGGGGGGUAGCUGAUGACUCAGGAGUCGACCAAACUGAGCCAAAACUGGAUUUCUGGCUGCACAGGUUUCCGUCGGGUGUUUGAAAUCAACUAGUCUGUAAGCCAAGUCACACGAAAAUGUUUAAAUGUCUAUCCCAUGAUGGGUUGUUGUUGUCCAUGUUAGUUGUUAGUCACAGUCCUAUCCUAAAGAAUGAGAGAGGGUUGUGAUAAGGUAUCAAAGAUAUUAAAUGGAUCCAGAUAGUCCAAACAAUUGCUUCUUGGUCAGAAUGGCCUGCUAGGCUCUAUGAGUGUAGCCGUGUAUAUAUAUAUAUCGAAGUACGCAAAGUAAUUCAUUAUAAGUGCCAAUGUUCCACUCGACUGUUGCGUUAUAUGCAGCUAGCCCUCUAACUAACGGUUGAGACAUAUUUUAGCAGAAUGAUUGUACAACGUGCUCCAAGAAUGUGCUCAGGCCAGGCUAGAUCUGUUGUCAAGUUUGAUCAUAUUUAUUUAAUAUGUACAUUGUAUACCGACUGAAAGUAUGACUGUAGAUUUGGGGUAUACCUUUCCAAAAAUGCAGGGCAAUGUCUGGACUGUAUGUGAAUUGAUUAUUUGACAUGGCCUGCUUAUAGCAUUCUAUAUAAGGAUAACUUGCUAGCGAGAGAAACCUGGGUUGAGCAUAUUUUUCGGAGUAAGGAUGUGUGGAAAGGUGUGUUAAAAGAUUGAAUUUCUUGACAAAGCAACGGCUUACAUGGAGUGGAUUUCUGAGAGGUGAGCCAGUGCUUAAAGAAUGUAGAUGUUUGUCUUAGAAGAACGGAAUCCAAGUCCAUAAUCUUAACAAGUACUCCUGUCACACAUUUUACAUUUGAGUCGAAUCCCUUUGCAAAACUUACAACAGUAACUGCAAUAGGCACCCUAUGUGUGGAACUUUUUGGAUAAGUGUUAUUCGCUGGCUACUUCCAUAAUACUUGGAUAGUUACUGCCAUAGGUAAUAAAAGUCAUGAUGUAAACUUAAGCAUUCCCACUUGAGCAAUGUGUGCGGACGUAUUCUCCAGUUCCCAAUAGGCCUUUCUCACUAGGUGGCCAUGAUAGAUCUAAAAUGAGGUCAAUGUUGCAAACAAAAGACUCCAUCAUAAUUAGCAGUUCAACCAAUGAUAGCAUGACAAUUAGGAUAUCGACCAAUAAGACAUGCCCGUCAAAUAUUUGCAUUAUUACUAUGUUUUACUUUGCAUUUGGGAUCAGUCUACACUACUAGUACUCUAAAUUGCUACAUCUUUCGGUGCAUACCACCAAUUUAUUAUUUGAUCAUAUAACUUAAAGAUUGUGUGGUUUGGAGAAAAACUAAAUGGGAGCUGAUUUUAUCAAUAAGUCUUGUCUGUUUGCCUCACUGACCUUGUUUUUGAUCUAUGAUGGCAGCCGUGUGAGAAAGGUGUAUACUUCUGCCUCAUGUGGCACCUUGGAGAGAUUGUUGCAAUCGGUGCUCUGCUGAGAGAUAAGCUAUGGGAAUCUUCCCAUGGCCCUUCGGAAGCAAUGGCCGGGAGAAACAAAUGUUUGCAUUGACGAGGAAAGAUUUUUAAUUAAAUUCAGCCAUGCUUAACGAAGUAGCAUGAUUUGCUGCCAUUGUCUUGGUCUGUACAUAUCUAAUUGUCCUGCCAUGUAUAAACAAAUAAAUGACAUUAAUGUUGAAGACUA